UCCGCACUUGGUGUGACCGCUUGCGAAAACGUGAAGUGAGCGCCAUCGGUUGCGUUUUCUCGCGAAAUAAAUAUCAACUAAACGAAGCAAGAUGGGCGACAAACUGCUGGACUCGGCGCAGAUCAUCAAUGGGCUGGCUGUGAUGCUGUCCUUCUUCGUGGGCUACCGUUACGCCCUGAAGCGAGGCGAUGCUAAGGAAGCUUCCGCCGAGGAAGCGGCGGCCUCGUUCUCAGUGGAAUCUUCGGUGCCCUGCGGUUCCGAGGCUUCAGUUUCCGAUAAGGGCUAUGGAGGCUUCAACGACAACUUUAAAAUGGUCCUGGUGGUGCGCAACGACCUCAAGAUGGGCAAGGGCAAGAUUGCCGCGCAGUGUGGCCACGGGGCGGUGGGUGCUUACCAGCGGGCGGUGGUCAGGACGCCUCGAUUACUGCGGGCGUGGGAGAACUGUGGUUGCGCCAAGAUAGCCGUUCGUGUAGAGAGCGAGGCGGAGCUGAUGGCCAUCAAGAAGGCAGCCGAGCGCCAGCAGCUGAACACGUGUCUCAUUCGCGACGCCGGUCGGACACAAAUAGAGGCUAACUCCAAGACUGUGCUAGCCGUGGGCCCAGCGGCUGCCGCAGACAUCGACCGGGUUACCGGCCAUCUGAAGUUGCUGUAAGAUCCGCACUACGGAAACUCUCACAGGCCAUUGGCAUUACUAACUCACUAAAGUGCAACCCGACAAUUCACAAAGCAGUAGGGCGCAUCGCUGGAGCGAGGGAAAGGCUGAGGAUGGCGUCAUGCCCUCGGAUAGGAGGACGACUGUGACGUGCAAGUUAGGCUAAGAUUUACGUUAUUUCGAUUACUGUGAACCGAGCUAUAAAAUAUUAAACGAUUGACAGUCCGGCCUGGAACUGCAAAGCUCCGAAA